AGGCAGUGCUAGCUCACUAGCUAUAUAGGCACGGAUUGCAAGAACUUGUACUUUCCCUGCUACCGUUCCUCUACAUGCGCCGAUGAUGGUUCAUAUUAUAGAGCGUCGUGUGGGAGGCGUGAAGCUAGCUUUGACUGCAAAAAUCUGGUUUCUACUCACCUUCAUUCAAUCGUCACAAGGGUUUCCUCUGGCGUCGUGGGACCUGGAUCUGGACAGUGGGAGAGUGGAGCUACAGGCCGGAGGUGUCCCGGGAAUCAGCCCUUCAAGCACAGUAGACUGCACCAAGUUUACCUUGACUUCUAACCUCAUGGAGAAUGAUGCUUUUACUCUGGAAGGCUGCACCGAUAUUGCCAUACAGGGCUUUAGAAUAGCGUUUGACCUUACACCAUCUGACUUGGUGUUUGUCAAACUAGAUCGGAACUUGGCCACCUCUCGCGAUACCAGCUUUUUGCUUGUAGAGUCUGGCAAUGGAAUUGAAAGCAGUUCCAACCCUUUAGACUUCCUCGCUCCCACCACUGUGGUUGUCCAGGCCGAUAGCUACACGCGAGAUUCCACCAGGCCUCAAGUGACGCCAAACGGCUUCCAAAUGUUUGAUCUCGACGUGGGCAUAUUUACUCUUCAGUUUUCAGAGCCAGUGAAUGCUACAGCUCCAUUUAUUGAUACCACAUCUUUGUCGUUUCAGCACCAUUUUAACUCAACCAGUGAGGAGGAUAUUUUCCAGGUGGAGUCUCUAUCUUGUCCUGAAUGUGUUGAUGGCAGUAUAGUCACCUUAACAUUCCCUCCUAAUGAG